CACGUCUUGAUUGGCCGUCUUGGCCGGAAUCCUCUUGAAUGAUUUCAAACCCGAGUAUUUGCACAAGAAGGAGGGGGUCCGCUGCUAAUUCCAAGCUGGCUGAGUGGAAGGGCUUGAACCAGCACACCGCCUCGGUAAAGAGGCUUAUCCGAGCUAUAACACGUUAAAGAGAGCAGCGCGGCCAUUCAACAUUUUGUUUACGCAACGUUUCACCUUUUAGCUCAAGUUAGGGUUUAGCUAACAGUGAAUUAUUCAUUUGUUAGGUUUCUGUUAAUCAUCGUUUGAAUGGAGCGAUGUCCAGAGGAGGCGGCGCACAUUGCGAUGGGAUGUGUGUUGUGCUGACGGGACCAGGACCUGAUUGAAAAUCCCCGGUAAUCGAUUUAAAAUCCUGAGCUUCUCAUGUGUGAGUACUAUCAAUGUGAGUACCAGGAGUUGUUUCCGAAAUACAUCAAGGCUUUUCCUUCAAAAGAUAGGUGAGGACGUUCAGUUCAUGCACGGGUUGCGAUAGCAUCAUAUUCAUAUUUUCUUUUUCAUUAUCUGCCUGUUGAAGAGGAGCGCAUAACGACACUUAACUAUUUUGGACAAUGUACUCGUAUUUGAAUACAGUCCCGCAGCCCAGGCUUGGUUAAAUUAGUUUUGACAGUUAUUUUCAGGCCACCGUUCACACAAACAGACUCGCAGCUAGUCAUGGCUAAAAACCCGUCCGAAGGAGCGAAGGAAGAAGUGAGCCAGCUAACGGACGAGGAGACGCUGCGGUGCAGCAAAGAGGAGCUGGUGCGGAGAUUAAGGAGGGUGGACAGCGAGAAAAUGAACUUGAUGAUUGAGCAUGGCAACAUGAUGAAAGACAUCAACCGGCGGCUGCAGGUGCACCUGCACGAAAUCCGCAGCCUGAAGGAGAUCAACCAGAAGCUGCAAGACGACAACCAUGAGCUCCGGGAGCUCUGCUGCUUCCUGGACGACGACCGACAGAAGGGCAAGAAGUUGUCCCGCGAGUGGCAACGCUUUGGCCGUUACACUGCCAGUGCCAUGUGGAAGGAGGUGGGCACCUACAUGAUGAAGCUGAAGGAGCUGGAGGCCAACCAGGACACCGUGCUGAGGGAGAACUCUGAGCUGAAGGAGAUCAUCCUCAUGCUGGACGAGGAGAGGAAUGGAGCGGGGUCCAGGAGCUCCAUAGACAGUCAGUCCAGUUUAACCAACCUGAACGGUGGCACGGGCACGGUCAGGGAUGUUGGGGACGGGAGUAGCACGUCCAGCGCAGGUAGUGCUGGUAGCCCCGACCACCACAACCACAUGCACAAGCCCGCCCCAGAGAACAGUAAGUUGGGCACCACCAUGAGGAGGUCCAUGGAUGACCUGUCAGCACCGCACCAUCACAGGAGCAUCCCCAAUGGACUUAAUGAUUCCUCCUCCAACUACAUCAGGCAGCUGGAGACUAAAGUGCGGAUCCUCGAGGAUGAUAACAAUAAGCUUCUCUCACAGCAGUCUAACACAGGUGACCUUCGUGUCCUGAGGAAGGGAAUGACCCUCUAUCACUCAGAGUCCCAGCUGUCCUCACUGCCCCAACGCCAGGACGCCAUGCACAUGGGUACUGGACGUCUCCCAACCAGCGAGUCCUCUCCUGCCACAGGCUACCUGACCUGCGUCCAGAAGCCUGAGGCCGUGGUGCACGCCAUGAAGGUGCUAGAGGUCCAUGAGAACUUGGACAAGCAGGUUCCUGAGGACUAUGAGGACGAUCUCAGUGAGAAAGAGAAGGCCAUUGUGCGAGAGAUGUGCAACGUGGUGUGGAGAAAGCUGGGUGAUGCAGCAGGAUCAAAGCUGUCCAUCAGACAGCACCUCUCUGGGAACCAGUUCAAAGGGCCCCUGUAGCCUGGCAACCAGAGAGAGAGAGAGAUCAGGAUUUACAGUACCUACACUCACCUGGAAACACCUCUUACUACCUACGCCUACACAACCCAUGUGCUCUCCUACUGCCUACAGCACCCAGUACUCCUUCAACAGACACUCUCUUAAUACGGGCUAAGAAAGCUCCUAAAUGGACCUGUUGGUCUGUUAUUCACAUGCAAAACUUUACGUGUUUAACAUGUUUUUCUCUCUCAGUGGUUAUGAAGCGUUGACAACUGGCAGCUAGUUUCACUGAUUUGCCACUUUUCUUCUUUGAUUUGGGGGCUUUCAGCUAUACGAUGAUCUCUCUCUGUAGGAGCUCUAAUCACACACCACCUUUAGUUCUUUGGAGCAUAGCUGCGCUACAUUAAGCUAACAUAAUGACAUGGUUUCAAGCACAGACCCGAUCAGGCCGCAGGGGCAAACAUCUCUCCACGUUGCUGGUGGAUAUGAAGGCAACAUGCUGGCGGUGUCUUCAGAUAGGUUUGGAUAGUACCUCCUGUAGAGAACCUAGCUCCUGUCACAUGUAUCUCCCCCUAGUGCUCAACGAGUAUAACUAGUAUUAGCAUUCUAAAGUGAUCACUAAUGUGAAACCCACUGUGACCUAGCGCCUUUUGCUCAUAAGACAAGUUUAUGGAUAAUUAAGUAUAGAGAUCACUGUUAACUUGUGUAUAUUAUGUAUAAAACCAUAGCACUACUUCAUUGUUAUAGUUGAUUUUACUUUUAUCUAUUUUGUAUUCUAGCGUGGCCAUGUGAUCAAUUCCUUAGUUUGAAAAGCACACACAACCGGACCUUACACAGGGUUUGCUUCUGGUAUUUUUUAUUUUGUUCCAGAUAAAUUGCUAUUAUUCCUUCUCUCUGUAACCUCUGAAAAUGUUCAAGGCCAUUCUGAAUCCAACCAUCUCCAUGGGCUAAUGAUAGAUCAUUUUCUUACUUUGUGGAACUGACUAAAAUUGUAUGCUGUGUGCAUGCUCGACAAUCAUUUUCUCAGGUUGAGAGGGCUACAGCUUUACCUUUGCCCGUGUGUGUGUGUGUGUGUGUGUGUGUGUGUGUGUGUGUGUGUGUGUGUGUGUGUGUGUGUGUGUGUGUGGAAGCAGACUGAAUGGUUCUUUUGCAGCUGUAGCAUCUACCUGUGAAUCCUCUUUUCCUCUAUUGAACCCUGGUUACAACUCAGUUGAAGACUGCUGAAGGCAUUUGCUGAAUCCAUACAAAAAGCUUUGUCCCAUAACACAAAUGUCAAGGUGAAAUAUUAAACCCUCAGUUCAGUUAAUAAGGCAUUCUUGGAUGCUCCUAAUUCUCCUAAUGCCCUUCGUUCAUUAUUUUUAUUCCUCAGUAGAUGAAAAAUGUUACUUUUCUGAAGCUCAGUCCUUUUCUGUGGAUUCAGCAGGUGUGUUCAUGCGGCGCAUGUUUCUUAAAGUUGAACCUUUUUUCUUAGAAUAUGAGAGCUUGAUAAAGUCUUCCCUUGUGUCUCCUGAAAACACUAAUAUUUAAAAACCAGUAUUUCUUGAUGUCAGAAUGAACAAACACUGUCAGAGUAUUUAUUGCCAGGUGUCAGAUAGAGAUGGGAGAGCAUCAGUAACUGUACAGUCAUAUUUUAGAUACAUCACAUUACUCAAACUGUAACGUUAUUAGAUGGAUACGUGUAGUGACUGACAGCUCAAGCUCUCCCAUCUCGAGUGUUAUUUGUUCCAAAUUAGAACAUUUCUGAGGCUGCCCACCACGCACCUCUGUUCUCUCAAACAAUGGGGUCAAAAAUACAUCAAAGUAUUUUUUUUUUUUUUUUUUAAGAAGUGUCCUUUUUCUAGGAACUGAUUUGAAGCCAUGACGCAAUUUUGAAUACUUUAUCAAUGGCAUUUGAUUUUUAUGCCACUUUUUCUCUGAAAGGUGUUUUGAUUUGGAACCCAGCGGUCUUCUGUUUUGCCUAGAUGCUACGUCGGUACAGAAUCCUAGAUCCUACAGUGUAAAUGUCAAACCUGUAGUAACUCGCAUGGCUGUAACUUCUCUUCAUGACUUUCACUAAUCAGAUGAAGAUCAGGUGAAAACAUUAAAUAGGCCACUUUUAGAAAAGAUUUGGAGAAAAUAAAUAAAGUUGGUUAAUGAUA